CAACUAAACAAAGUGAUGGCUCCUCAUGGAUUUAUCAUUUCUAUGAAAUUUAAUAACAAAUCUAUUCUCCCGAGACGUGAUAUGUUUUGUCUCUCUAUAUAUAUUGCAACCCCAUUGCCUCUUUCCUAUCAUCCUUUCCAUUCUCCGUUCUUCGUUCUUCUCAAGCCUCUCGUUCUCUGUGUUCCGCCGUUGAAGCUUCAAAGCUCUUAUUACGCCUUCACAAACAAAACCCACUUCUCUACUCUUGCUGAUUUAAGCAACUCAAGAAUACAUCUACCCCAAUCCAUUAAGAUGGCAACAGAGCAAUACUUUGAAGAUGCGGUGGUCCAGUCCAACUCCAUUGGAGACGAUAAAUGUUCAUUUGGAAAAUGGAAUCCUGUUUCCGAGGUCUCAGAGUCUGAAAACAAGUCCUGUGGUAACUUUGACUGCAGCAUAUGCUUAGACUCUGUGCACGAUCCGGUGGUGACCCUGUGUGGCCAUCUAUACUGCUGGCCAUGCAUAUACAAGUGGAUUCAGUUCCAGACUCCGUCUUCUGAAAGCCAAGAGAACCAAAAACAGCCACAGUGCCCUGUUUGCAAAACUGAAGUCUCCGAAUCCUCUCUAGUCCCACUCUAUGGUCGUGGUCAAACAACAAAGCCCACGAAGCCAUCUAAAGGCAAGGCUCCCAAUAUUGGUAUAGUCAUUCCAAAAAGACCUCUCGCUCCUUGCGGGGUUGACACACCACGAACCCCAAGUACCAGCCCUUACGGAACUCAGCAACUCCAUCACCGGAUUAAUCCUUAUCAAUCCCAACUGAGCAGCACUCAAGGAGGUAGUUAUGCAGCUGCUGCUUUACCGAUGCAUGGUCCUGGUGAUACAGCAACACAAGUCUUAAAUCCGACGGUCGGCUUGUUUGGUGAAAUGGUGUAUGCUAGGGUGUUUGGUAACUCGAUAACAAAUGUCUACACAUACCCUAAUUCGUAUAACCUUGCUGGCAGCGCUAGUCCUAGGGUGAGAAGGCAUGUAUUGCAGGCUGAUAAGUCGCUCAACAGAAUGUGUUUUUUUCUGUUUUGUUGCUUUAUGUUGUGCCUAAUUUUGUUUUGAGCAGAGUUUUUCGUUGCUCAUCGUAUACAUGUAAAUUAAAUGAGUAUGAAUAUGAAAUAUAUGCGGAUUCAACCAGA